CAAUCUGAACUGUUUCACACCACACCCAGCGUAGCAUGGCGCCACAUAUUCCCGUCGACGAAUCAUCUUUACCCGCCGUAUUUCAGGCCAAGUGGAAAUGCAACCCCGAUCCUUCUGCACUGCCGUUCCCGCACGACAAUCCGCCAUUCGCACUCACUGCGAUCGACUGGCAGCAACUCGGUCUUACGGAUGACGAGUACACGCCGCACUCGUGGAAAAAUCUGCAGCACCUGAUUAAGAGGCGCCAGCUGGAUGAGCUCAAGAGGUGGCCUAGUCAAUUGAAGGCGUAUCUAGCCUGGACGGCGCAUGUGAAGAGCAAGUAUGGGAGCGCGACUACGUAUCUGCUUAUGCAGCGGCUGGAUUGGGAGCCUGUCGAUGGUCCAUCAGGAGCAAUGGCGUUCAACGUGAAGAACGUUGUGCCGUUUGCUGAUCCGGAGGAUUUUACUAUCCUCAGAAACGACUGGCCGUAUGGACACGAGGAGGGCAUUCGUCAUGUUUGUGUCUGGUUGAAGCAGCGUUUGCCUGUUGACGAGCAAGGUGCUCUGUCGGAUGAGGGGAGGAGAAUGGUCGAGGAGUUUGUCGAGAAAGAGUUCCGGACUAAGGGUGGAGAGAAGGAGAGAGACAGCAAGAUUCUCUGGUUCAAGAACACGACAAACUUGCAAAGCGUCCGGAGUCUCGAGCACCUGCAUGUCUUGGUGAGGGAUGUUGAUCAGGACAUGCUGCAGCGGUGGCUGGUCUGAGUCUGUGCAGAUCAUUCGUCCCUUACAUUGCUGAUGUAGCAUCAGACCUUAAGAGCAAUUCAUCAUAGUGAAGAUCAUCAACAAUCGUUUCAAC